AUGAAGUCCUCAGUGUGCAUGUGCUGCUUGGUGUCUCUGCUGGCCCUGUCUGCUGCAGUUUCUUCCGUCCAUGAUGAGGAGCCUCUGGUGCAUCUGCAGCUCCAGAAGCCAGAGGGAGACGUCUUCUCCUGUGGAUGUGACACACCAGAGGAACAUGCCAGCCAGAGCACUUCCAAUGACACCCCAGCCCCAGAGAGGGCAAUUUGUCAGCCCUGUAAAUCUCUGUCAGCCUUAGAUGCUGCUGCUGCUGGAGAAGAAGAGCCAGACUUCAGCUCAGAGCAUGCAGAAGAGAAGGAGGAAGCAGCUGCUGGUGAGGAUGCUUCCACUGAAGAGAUAGCAAAUGGUGUAGAAGAAGAAUGGGUGGAGGAAGCUUUCCACAGUGAGGCAGUAGAGGCAACAUCUAAGGAGGAAACUGAGGCAGAGGUUAUAGAGCCAGCGAAGGACAAAAGUGUGGAGGAAGAAGAUGAGGAAGCAAUAUCUGAGGAUGUUGCAUCAUCUGAAGAGGAUGAGGUGGCAUCUGAGGUUGAGGAAAAGGAGGGAAAAGGUGAGGAAGAAAUUGAAGAAUUAACCCCUGAGGAGGAGGAAGUAACUGAACCUCAGGAAGACACUUCAGAAGAAGAACAACCUGCUGUUGAAGAAGUUGAAGAACAAGCAAACACACAGGAGGAUACAAAAGAAGCAGCUGAGGAGGAGGUGAGCUGGGAAGCUCUCCUGAAUGAGGUUGUAGAGGAGGAAGCUAAAGUGGCUGAAUCUGAACCAGAAGCAGAACCAGAGGAGAUGUCUCAAACUCACUCUGAACCUGAAGAAAAUAAGUCAGACCUGACACAAUCUGAGGCCGAACCUGUGGGAUUUUUAGAGCCUGAACCAGUACCAGAGCUUCUUCAGGAAAUAGAGCCAGAUGUACAUGAGGUCACAAUAGAACCUGUGGAGGAUGUACUGGUGGAAACCACAAUGGAGGAGGCACCCAAGGUGCAAGAUGUAGAUUCUAUUGAGGCGGAGGAAACAGUGGAGGAGGUGACUGCAGAGGAGCCUACACAAAAAGGGCAUGAGGAGGGUGAGGCAGCAGGCCCAGCACUGAGGGACCGCUCCCACAUUGAGGACACACUGCGCCUGACUACUGCUGAGCACUCAGCAGAGUUCUCUGCUGCCACAAAGAAGCUACUGAACAUCUAUCACACGGCCAUCAGGCCACUGGAGCAGGCCUACAAGUACAACGAACUCAGGCAGCAUGAAGUCACAGAUGGUGAGAUCACCUCUAAGCCCAUGGUUUUAUUUUUGGGGCCCUGGAGCGUCGGCAAGUCCUCCAUGAUCAACUACCUGCUGGGUCUUCACGGAACAUCCCAGGAACUCUACACAGGUGCUGAACCCACCACCUCUGAGUACACCGUCAUAACACACGGGGAGAAGUUUCGGACCAUAGAGGGAAUUGUUAUGGCAGCGGACAGUUCACGAUCUUUCUCACCCCUGGAGAGGUUUGGCCAAGGUUUUCUGGAGCGACUGGUGGGUAUCGAGAUGCCCCACAAGCUGCUGGAGAGGGUCACCAUUGUCGACACACCCGGCAUCAUUGAAAAUCGCAAGCAGCAGGAGAGAGGUUACCCCUACAAUGAGGUGUGUCAGUGGUUUAUUGAUCGAGCUGAUCUGAUCUUCCUGGUGUUCGACCCCACCAAGCUGGACGUGGGUGGGGAGCUGGAGAUGCUCUUCAGGCAGAUGAAAGGGCGCGAAUCCCAGAUUCGCCUCAUCCUCAACAAGGCUGACAGUGUCUCCACCCAGGACCUGAUGAGGGUCUAUGGGGCCUUGUUCUGGAGUAUGGCACCGCUGAUUAACGUCACAGAGCCCCCUCGGGUUUAUGUCAGCUCCUUCUGGCCUCAGGUCUAUGCUGUGGACACCAGUCAACAGCUCUUCAGGAAAGAGGAGAUUUCACUGCUGGAGGAUCUCAGCCAGGUGAUUGAGAACCAGAUGGAAAACAAGAUCGCUUUCAUACGUCAGCAUGGCAUCCGUGUGCGCAUCCACGCCCUGCUAGUGGACCGCUACCUCCAGGCCUACUACGACAAGCUGGGCUGGUUUAGUGACCCUCACGAGGUGUUUCAAGACAUUGCCGAUGACCCGGACAAGUACUACAUCUUCAAGUCCAUUCUGGUCAAGACCAAUGUCAGCAAGUUUGACCUGCCCGACAAGGAGGCGUACCAGGACUUCUUUGGUGUGAAUCCUAUUUCCAGCUUCAAGCAGCUCUCCAGCCACUGCAGCUGGACCGGAGGCUGUCUGCUGGAGAAGCUGGAGAAGGUCAUCUCGCACGAGCUCCCAGCUCUGCUCAGCAGCAUCAGUGAGGCCACAAAUAAGCCUACCCCAGUAAAGGCUGUGCCAACAACCUCACCCCCUCUCCCUGGCACCUGCCAAGAUCCUGGGUGUGAGGAGAAACCAAAGAAUCGUUGGCGGAAGCAGUGAGAUAGUAGAAAAGGGUGCAGAAGGAGAAACAGAGGGGAUGGCAGCAGUCAGAGGGAUUCCUGCAAAAAAAACCCUCCAUUGCUGUGAUCUUCAGGUAGACUGAGAGAGAGAAACAACUGAGAAAGAGAAUAGGAAAUAUUGUAGUUCCAAUCAGACCUGAGUCAAGCAGUAUUUAAAAUACUUUUUGUUGCUUGUUUUUACCAGAAUGAUGUACCAUACAUAGGUUUUACUACACAGGGACAGUUUAAAUCAGUUGUAGAAUACAGGCCUAAUUGAUUUUCAAAUACCUUUUUAUGACUGUAUAAUAACACACAUUGUCCUAUAUGGCACCUCUGUAGUACUUCUGUGGGUCAAAACCAAUAGUGAGAAAUGUUUGCAUGUGGUAUUUUUGACUGCAGUUUGGUACAAAACAAAGUAUAGAACAACAUGUACAUGUAGUCAUCCUUUUGUGGCACUCAAGUCCUCUAUAACUGAAGCCCGUGCUGUCUGCAACAUGUGAAUAUCUGCAGCAGAAAAAGGUGAGGAAAA